GAACUUGUGCUGAAUUAAGUAUUUCGAUAAAUGUUUCCAAAUAGCAUGGAAGUGCAGUAAAAGUUGUUGCAAUGAUGUUUAGUUUAUAUUUUAACUUAACCUACAGAUUGCAUCAGAAGUGAAACAGAGCCCGCUAUCUUGUGUUGGCUGCAUACUUUCAGUACGUACAGACCGCAGCCAAAACGUGUUUCAAAUUCAAACAUAAUUCUGGGAAAUGGCCAUUUUUAAAGGGCUAACAUUGUUUCUAUGCGCGUUUCAUCAGCUGCAGAGAAGAAACGAGUAAAAAAGCCGUCUUGAUUACCUUCAUUUUUCUAUUGUGAUCCGUUGACCGGAUUCAGUCGCCCUGACUGAAGAAACCUUUCAAGUGCGGCACACAGAACGAUUUCCAACACACCUACGAAUUCAUCAUUGAAAUCAUCCCAAAAUCAUAUCCGUCCGUAUUACCGGAAAGAAAGUAACAUUGAGACUAUGUUAAUCUUACUUUGAAAUAAAAAAAAAACGUUGACGGUCAAUGAUUGACGCCAAGUCCUUGCGUUCGGCCCUCAUCGGAAGUAGAAACCGUUUGGACUCUUCUGGCUCGCUUUCUUAGAAGUUAUGGAGCACUCACCGUUCCUUACGGUCCGACUGUGGCGAGUGAAACUGAACAACGCGAAACCUUAGUAAGGUGUAGCGUUAGUCACAGGCCGCGGGAACGUAGAAAUAAGACAGAGUGCUUCACUCGGCAACGUAUGGUCACGUCACACCAAACGAGCCUUUGCACCGGUUGGAAUGCAUUGUAUCAAAUGACACGAUGGUGACGGUUGUGGCUUCUGGUACACGGCGGUGUGUGGCCAAAGACCGGUUUAUUAGAUGUAAUGGUGAUAGUUCAAUUAGUCAGUGUGCGAUCGUGGUCGAUGUAGGAGCUCUUUGAGAAACAGUCGCAAAUUCUGUUUCCAAAAGUCGAUAAUUUUGGACAUUUCAAUACCCCGGUAACCACCGCGGCAGGUGUCGCGCUAUACAUAUUGCGCUCGAUGGUCAUGGUUGACGAACGAACGCCAUUAACGUCGGACCUUUCCGGCCCACUACCGCUGGCGUCAGGUACCUCAGGAAAUGUGCAUCACCUGAAGUCACAUGAAAGUCUUCGGGAGCGCCAAGUACGAACAUUUCAAUGUUGGAUAUGUUCGGCAAUAAUGGGAGCAUUCGCGCUAGCGAUCGUGAUCAGUAUUAGUUACAUCAUAUUCGGUGAUGCGACGAAGCCGACACCUGAUGGGGCCAAUACGACGGCGGCGGAUUUUCCUGAGCUGCUAAAUCUCAUUAGUUUCCCAUUGAUCGAUGAACCUUCGCCCCAGUGGAACGGGACGGAUGUUGGUGAGGAUGCGAAAGCUGCCGCAAUAGCAGAAGGCGAGAAGGCUCUCGGUGAUAAGGAAUUGCUGGAGGAAACCCUUUCUUCUCCACCGGUAAACUCGCCCACCUUCCGGCAUCAGAAGUCGGUCGGUGCAACGGUUGCUGCACGGUUGGCGGCGAAAGUAGGAUUUGUGGAGGAUCGUGCUACCAAGGCUCUGGUGCGACAACUUGACAUCCGUCACCGAGGAUCGAUAGGACGUGGACCAGCAAUGAAUUUGCCGCGAUCGCACAACCAUGUGGAGUGUGAUUUUAACGCGCGAUAUCGAACCCCGAACGGAACAUGCAACAAUAAGGAUCACCCGUACGAGUAUGGUGUCGCGAUGAUACCGUUUCGCCGGCAGCUGAAUCCGGACUAUGGCGAUGGUAUAUCAGCACCACGUGCUUCCGUCGCUGGUACCGAGUUGCCCAGCGCUAGACAAAUUUCGCUCGACAUUCAUCGCCCAUCGUACCACAGUGAUCCUAACUUUAGCGUCAUGCUGGCAGUUUGGGGACAGUUUCUGGAUCAUGACAUAACAUCGACGGCACUGAACCAGGGCGUGGACGGAAAGCCCAUUGAGUGUUGUGAUCCAGGACAGCCCCAACAUCCGGAGUGUUUCCCCGUUCCAUUAGGCCCAGGAGAUCCCUACUACCAUCAGUACAACGUUACGUGUAUGAACUUUGUCCGCUCAGUGCCGGCACCGACCGGACAUUUUGGUCCCCGGCAGCAAUUGAAUCAAGCUACCGCGUUUAUUGACGGUUCGGUUGUGUACGGUUCGGAUGAGGAACGCAUGAAAGCGUUACGGACGCGUGAGGGUGGUCGGUUGCGUAUGUUACGUACGCCGGAUGGUCGAGAUUUGCUGCCGGUAUCCACUGACCCGCUGGAUGGGUGCAAUGAAGAGGAGAUGAAUGCUGCCGGUAAAUAUUGCUUCGAAUCGGGUGAUGCACGUGCGAACGAGAACCUUCAUCUUACGUCGAUGCACCUGAUCUGGGCAAGGCAUCAUAAUAAUCUUGCCGAUGGACUGGCCCAUGUAAACCCGCACUGGGACGAUGAGCGAGUGUUCCAGGAGGCACGGCGUAUACUUGCGGCCCAGAUGCAACAUAUAACGUACGCCGAGUUUGUGCCGGUGAUUGUCGGAAAUGAUACAGCCUCUCGGAUGGGUCUUUUGCCCGAAUCUGCUGAUCGUGAUGAUAUGUACAACGUGUCGGUUGAUGCUUCGAUCGCCAAUGUGUUUGCUGGAGCGGCUUUUCGGUUUGCCCACACGCUGCUUCCGGGGCUGAUGAAGAAAACCCGCAAUCCGACCUCGACCAGCUCCGGUAUCGAACUGCACCGGAUGCUGUUUAAUCCUUACUCACUGUACGCACGCGAUGGGUUGGACAAUGCGCUCGGCGGUGCUAUGAGCACGGCACUUGGGAAAUACGACCAAUACUUCUCUACCGAGUUGACCGAGAAGCUGUUUGAGAAGGCGGACGAACAUCUGCUCCAUAAUCAUCCCUGUGGGUUGGACCUGGUGUCGCUCAACAUUCAGCGUGGACGGGAUCACGGCUUGCCGGCAUAUCCACGCUGGCGUAAGCACUGUCAUCUUACAUCGGCCGACAGCUGGAGCGAUGUGGAACGUAUCGUUGAUCCAGAAUCGUUCAAGCAGAUGAGAAACAUCUAUCGCGAACCGGCCAACAUAGACGUCUAUUCGGGUGCGUUAGGUGAACCACCGGUUAAGGGUGGUAUCGUGGGACCGCUGCUGACCUGUCUAAUUGCUGAUCAAUUUUUGCGACUAAAGCAGGGCGAUUCGUUCUGGUAUGAGCGACGCCGAGGACCGCAACGAUUUAGCGAAGGUCAGCUAGAGCAAAUUUACAACACAAAACUAUCGAGCAUCAUUUGUCGCAAUUCGGAUAACAUUCAGCAAUCGCCAGUAUAUCUCAUGAAGCGAACCGAUCCACAAACGAAUCCCGAAACCGACUGUAAGCGGUUGGAUACGUUUGAUUUUGAACCAUUCCGGGAGGAUACGGAUCAGUCGCAUCAUAACCGUGCGGCCAAAAUUGCGACCGAUAGAAUGAAGGUGCUCGUGCUGGAACCGAAAGCAACCGGAACUACAACCAAUCCACGCACCACUGUGGAAACGGAUGUGACGGAGAGAGAAAAGGCUCCGGCAGAAUCUACCACCAGCACGAUGAUAACGACGGCUGAAUCUGUUCCGACGACGAUGGUUUCUGGCGCUUGAUGCAAGGAUCCAACACUAGAAUAAAUGCCGUAACCAAUUAAGGAUUACAGUCGGCGGAAAUCAUACUCUGGAGGUAUUUACAACAGUUACACAUUCUUUUGCUCAAGUGGAUUCUCUUUUUUAGUCGCUAAGUGUAAUAAGAAACAUUACAAAACAAUCAACUUUGGUAAACUUUUCAAUAAAAGAAAAAAGAAAUGAAAUACAAGAAAAA